CAUCGUUCUCCCCCUAGAAAAAAACUGUCCACCAUUCCCGCGCCUUCCUCCCCCGAACCCUAACCCUCUCCAGCCGCCCAGCGCGAUGCCCUCUUCCUCCUCGUCCAGGCGAGUGCGACGGAAGACGCGGCCUCCAUCCGCCUACGGCGCCGGUGCCGGCGGAGGAGACGAGGAACUGGGCGGAGCUGCCGCUGGACGCGAUCUCGGCCAUCCUCCACAAGCUCGACCACGUCGACAUCCUGAUGGGACCCGGCCAGGACUUGAAGAGGCGAUAGUGAAGUUCCCUUUGCUUGAGGAGCUUGAGCUUUCUUUGUUUGCAAAUGUGGGUGAGAGUGGCGUGUUUGGGGUUGUUGGCAGGGCAUGCCCACAACUGAAGCGCUUCAGACUGAGUAAGGACGUGUUCUACGAUUUUGAAGCCAGUGGGUAUGACAAGGACGACGAAGCCCUGGGGAUUGCAACUAUGCACGAGUUGCGGUCUUUGCAGCUGUUUGGCAAUUGCCUCACCAAUAAAGGACUGGCAGCUAUCCUGGACAAUUACCGCCACCUGGAGUCCCUUGACAUUCGUUAUUGCUUCAACAUUGACAUGGAUGGCGCGCCGCGCUCAAAGUGUGCUAGGAUAAGCCCAGUGAGGCUUCCCAAUGACUCAACUGAUGAUUAUGACUUCGAGGUGCAGGAGCCUAUCUGGGCGGAUUCAGGGUCCUUUUCGGCUGAUUAUACGGGAUUUGGUUCUGACUAUGAGCUUGACUCGGAAGAUUACGAUGACUACUGUGAUCCUUCCCGCUACCUUGAUGGUGUGUACGAGGACGAGCUUAAUGAAGAAGAUAGGAUGCUUCUCAGGGGUAUGCGCAUGCUAAUGAAGUGAACUCCAUCGGGGACGUUGUGAUCAAAGUGCCUGGAUGUUUUCACCUUUUUGCCAAAGUAUCUGCACUACUGAUCUGCGCUUUGGUUCUUCUGCUGGCGGCAUGGAUCUGCUUCUGCAUUGACUUCUCCUUUAAGAUCGUAGAGUGUUUCCUGUAUUGUCCAACGGAUCUUCUUAAACAUGUGUUGAGAGUCAUUUACCUUGCAGUUUAGUUCAA